AUGUACCAAUUUCUUUGUCGACGACGAAGCGCAGUAGCGAAAUUUUUCAUAUUUGCUGUUUUUGGUAUUGUUUUGUAUAACGAAUGGUUCAUAUAUUCCGUACAGCCAAUUUAUUGGCUUGAUAUGGAGUGUCCGAAGGAUGAUAUAUCGUGUACCAAGAUAAUGUUUAUUGCGGACCCUCAAAUACAAGGCGAAAUGGAUGUAGCCCCGCCUUUGAGUUAUCUUUUUAACUGGGAUAGUGAUAGGUACUUGAAAUCAACAUUUAGAGAAGCAUUGAAAUAUUUCAAGCCCAAUGUUCUUGUGUACCUCGGUGAUUUAAUGGAUGAAGGAUCUAUUUCUUCCAUGGUACAGUUCCAUGCUUAUGUAAGGCGCUUGUCUGACAUAUUUGAGGUUUCCUAUCCUGUUAUACAAGUAUGGCUUCCGGGCGACAACGACAUUGGGGGUGAGAAUGAACCAAUUCGCAAAGACAAACUUGAAGAAUUUCAUGCAGUGUUUGACCAGCCCUCAGUCAUCACAUACAAAAAUGUCUCAUUUUACAAAGUUAACGGCAUCACGCACAGCUAUCCGCAGGCUUCCGAAGACGACAAUGGUUACAGAAUAGUAGUUUCCCACUAUCCAGUACUGUGGAGAUCUGUCUUUGGAAAGCAGGUGCACGAUGCCAUACGGCCCAACGUAUAUUUCUGCGCGCAUGAGCACAAAUCCAAAUACGUCGUCAAAGACCGCGACUGGAGAAACAUUGCCGCAAGGCCGAUCACAUCGCACGAUAGUGUGAUGGAGGUCGCAAGCGGUGGUGAAAAUGUCUACGAGAUUUAUGUCCCCACCUGCUCUUACAGGAUGGGCACCAGCACCAUAGGCUACGGUGCAGCCAUUCUUGUUAACAACAACAAUAUGCUGCGCUACGGAGUGCUUUGGUCACCGUUGAGAUUUACCGCUCUUUUUGCGUACGCCAUUCUAGCUGUUUGUUCGAUGCCGCCUACAUUUUCCGGUGGACUCACCAGCGCGGUUUGUGGCAGAAACGGAGCCUUACGACGACGAUUUAACUCAGAUGGAGGAGGAGAGACCUACAAAGCGACCAUGCAUAGAAGGAAAUCUCCAAAAUUACAC